AUGUCCAAAAAAUCCUGGAUGGCUGGUGGUAGCAUAAUGGUGUCUGGUAGUAUUGGUAAUGUGCGGACUUGCGACACAUCUGAUCCAACUAGCGAUGACUCCUUGUCCUUCAGGGAUUCCGAUAAUGAUGUAGUUGUGCAACUCAAAUGCCAACUUAUGGAACUACAACACACAGUAGCAAGUCUCCGCGCAGAUUUACUUAAGGUCACGAAUGAGAAAGCAUGUUUGAGCUCAACCUGCCAAGCAUUACAUAAUGUGAUUGUGAAUAUACGAAGCUCUGCGAGCUCUGUUGCAUCAAGCUCCUCAUCCUCGACCCCCUCCGAUGCACCCAAUACCACAGACGAACGAAAACCGUCUAUCAUACUGGAUGGAAUGACUGACGAAGAGUGCGAUCGAGAACUCGACCCGACAGACUAUCGAUCGGUGAAGUCAUGGACAAAAAAGGAGUGGCAAGAACACUUCCCACCAAGCACGUCAGCCGUACCUGGUUCUUCUUCGAAAAAAUCAGCACGUGGAUCCAAGCGUAUGGCACAAGGUAUCAAUGUAUCUUGUACUUACCUCCAGAACGAGGAUGGCAUACCUCUCUCAGCUCAGCGCGCCAAGCUACAUAACCAAGGACUGGCACCAGAAUCGAUCGGACAAGCUUCACUCGAUGUCAUCAAGUGGCUGGUUCACACGUUGCGGAAGGAAUACUUCGAACUUCGUCUUUGUGCUGACAAUUGGAAAACCACCAAGCUUAUGACCGACAAUUACUCCCAAUGGUACAACUACCACAUCAAGAAAAAGGGCAGCAAGCGCGUGAAGACUGAAUCCGAAGACAUGUGUUUUGAAGAAGAGAGCACCUCCGAGACGACGCCGAUCAUUACAAAAAGAAGUUCGCCUGAUCCUGACGAGAAUCAUAUGACAAAGCGACCACACAUUGAUUCCGAUAUGUCUAUACUAGCCACUAGCGUCACCCCCUUCAGCAUCAAAAGAAGUCUCGGUCGACAGUUAACAACACUCCCUUUGCCACCACACAAUAGCACUGCACCUGACCGUGAGCCAACCCCACCACCACGAACGGACAAGGGCAAAGCAAAGGAAGUUAUUACCAUGGAGGUUAAAAACCCUCUACCUAUUCCACCGCAACUUCCUCCGACUUCUAUCAAUUCUCCACCUUCUGAAUCCCACUCUGCUAUGAUACCGCCCUCCAACGAGAACACACCAGUCUCUGUGCCAGAGGUCCAAUCGAACACCGAUGCAGUUUCACUAGCUGUGAAAGUGGAACUCGUUGGAACGACUCACACUGAACAAACGAAGACCGUGAUCGUGGUCGGCGACUCGAAGCCUAAUAGCAUUAAGAAGCGCCAGCCAAGCACCAAGCCAAUGCGGGUGAGCCCAAAGAUCACUGCGCGAAAUCUGUGUGCUCUCGACUGGCAAUCAAACGGCCAUCAAAAGGAACCAGCGACCAUUUUCGCAUCUUACUGGAAUGGGCUAUCUAAAGCCGACAAAGAAAUAUACAAGUGCAAGGCAGCUGUUCAGCUCAAAUCAGCUGCCAGUGGAGUCAGUACUACCAGCGAUGAUGUAGGCGUGGACGAGGAGUAG